UUUUCAGGAAGUACUUUUGACGUGCCACUAAGAGAGAAACUUUUUGUUUCCGGCAUAGUUUCCAAGCUUUUGAUGACGUCUCCGCGAGUAAUUUAAAAACACACACCCAAAAAAAGAAAAGAAAAAAGAAAUGCAAAGCAACGCUUACGGAGCUCCGCUGGCCGGUGGUGCGUUCGACUUUGGGAGUUUUGUGAAAAAGCCUCAGACGAUUCUCCGAUGCCUGAGUUGGCUGUUCGCCGUCGUAGUGUUCGCCACCAUCACGGCGGAGGGCUACAUCAAUUCCAGCACGGAGCAGGAGACCGUGUGCAUGUUCAACCGCAGGGACAGCGCGUGCAGCUACGGCGUGGGGAUCGGCGUGCUGGCCUUCCUGGCGUGCGUGGCCUUCGUGGUGCUGGACGCCUACUUUCCGCAGAUCAGUAACGCCAAGGAGAGGAAGUACAUCAUCAUCGGGGACUUGGUCUUCUCGGGGGUUUGGACGUUCCUCUGGUUCGUCUGCUUCUGCGUCCUGGCCAACCAGUGGUCCUGGACCACCAACCCCGCCGUGCCGGGCGACGCCGCUCGCGCCGUCGUGGCUUUCGCCUUUUUCUCCAUCGUCUCAUGGGGUCUGUUGUCCUAUUUCGCCUACGAGCGCUAUCGCCAAGGCCUGAGCGACUUGGACCGGCAGUACACGGACCCCGCUGUGGACCCGCCGUACCCCCCGACCCCCUACGCCACCAGCAGCAGCAGCGGCGGCGGCCCCGCCGGCUACCAGCAGUCGCCGUUCUCCCAAACCCAAGAGAAUCCCGGAGAGUACCAACCGCCGAGCUAUUGAAAGACUAAUGCCGAAUUUGGACAGAUGUGGUGAAGGGCAUUCAUAUUUGCCAAAUUUGCCUUACCGACACACCUGUUCCCACCUCUUCUCUUCCAGCGGGACAUGUGCGCUUUGUUGUGUUGAUGAUAUUUUCUCUGGAAGGGAAAAGGGGGCCGUGCUGCUUUCUUGUCUUUGUACCAAAACCACUUGGAACUCCAGUGUCACCCUCAGCGCCACGGCAUCACGACAGAGGUUAUCGCUUUAUCAGGUUUUUUUUUUUUUUUUUU